CGUAUUCGAAACUGAAAACAGAGCUGCCGAGUGGAGCUGUCUCCUGUCUUUGUUUUGCUGAGAUCCCGUCGAUAUUUUGACCCCAAAACCACACCAUGGCGGACAGAAAGCCGUGUAAGGUGUGUAAUUUCUCCCGACAGAAAUCUUACGGCCUGGUGGUUCCUUCUCUUGAGGAGUUGAAGACAAGAGGUUGUGAGUUUUUUGGCUUCACGGCGAGCGACGACGUGACAGUGGUUCUGGAGGACGACGGGACAAUUGUGGAAGAUGAGGGCUACUUCUUGUGUUUACCUUCCAACACUAAGUUCAUGCUCCUACAUGAACGAGAAACCUGGUCCCCGCUCCGCAGAGUUGACGGUGGCACGGCCUGGAUGGCUCGAGAGUCGAUGAUCAUGGAUGCCAUUGAUGCAGCCACAGCUGGAGAUGAGUGGUUGGUUCAGGCUCAGCAGCUCAAGCAGGACCUGGCCAGUAUUUUCCUCAUGUCUGAGGCCGACUUACAGAAUUUAGUCGACGCCCCAGUUUCGGAGCUGGCCCCUGCUCUUGGGUUUUCCGUGCCAAAGGCAGAAAACUUUCAGGAGAAGCUCCAGGGUGUGCUGGACCGUCGUGAGGAGGAGAGGCAGUCGAAGGAGCUGCUGCAGCUUUACCUCAAAGCUGUGGAGAGGGAAGAGGGAGAGCAGGCGGAGGAGCCCAGUCAGAAAGAGGGGGAUAUGGUGGACGGGUCAGAGGCGGACCAGGUGUGUGGAUUCAUGUCCAGGACUCUGAUGGUGUUGAAAGGCAAAACAAGCCCCGAAACAAGGCUGUCAACGGAAGAUCUACAGUUGGUGUUGAGCCGAGGGGUGGAGGUCAUGGAGCAAGUCCUGGGCUGGGACAAAGUCCGGACCGCGGCGCUGAUAACCGACUGCACGGCGGAGUUAAACAAGCGACUCGGGAAGAUUCAGGCGGUGCAGUCCAUCAGAACCGCCAACAGCCAGCAAACAAACGACGACAGUGGGAGCGAGGAAAUGGCCUAGUCGCCUCGGGUCGCACCUGAGCACAGACUGAUAAGACUUCCUGCCGCGACUGUGUUGCAGAUUAUUCCCAAACACUGAAGUCUGUGAAUGUAAAUUUUUGUUUUCGCCGUCAACCACUGGCACAAAUCGAUGUACAGAACUACUAAUUUAAUGCGCUGGUCUGACUUUUUUCUUGUUUGAAAUGCCGUGCUUGAACUUCCUCCAUGCAAACUUGACAAAACUAUCGAUGACAUUCUAUUUUAUUCUAUUUCAGAUGCAUUGGUGUGUGCAACCUAACAAACACACAACAGUAAAACUGGAUUUUCUUACAAAUAUUUUUAUAUUCAACUUUGAAAAGUGUUUACUUCCAGUUGUAAACCAGACAGCAGGUGGCAGUAGCGUUACCCUUAAAUUGGCCAAAAAAAAAAACAGUUCUGUUCAGUCCAAUGACUUGAGAAAAAUAAAGGAAGAUUU